GGGAAGGGAGGAGAGCGCCAGGAGUGUAGCCCUCUCGCUCCAAGAGGGGAUGGGAGAGCUUGGCUUCCUCCGCUUGCAUCGCCUGCCGCUGAACUUUCCUGCCGGGAUUUAAAUUUCCCCCAUCUCCCCACCACAGCCUUUCAGCACACACAUCAUUUUGCUGGAGGGAGAGAGAGAGAGAGAGAGAGAGAGACUGCGUGGCGCUUCCAAGCUGCUGUGUCAGGAAUGAAAUGAUUUUUUAAAAAAUGACAACUUUGCAACAAAGAGGGCUGUCUGCUGUCUACUGUCUGCCAGUGAUGUGAAGAUGAGUAGCGACUUGCAGCGAGCAUGACAUCACUAGCCAACGUAAUUGCUUCCCAGCAAUCAGAGUGGGUCUCCUUCAACGAUGGGCUGCUGCUACCGGUUGCCUCCCAGGGCCAAGCUGGAGAACCUCUUGAAAGGUUUCUGUCCUCCUCUGAUACUUCUUCUGAAGGCAUCCAAAACCUGGAUGGAGAAUUUCAGGCACUUGCACAUGCUGAGCUGGGAGAUGGAAUGGACAAAACUGCUGCAGACUCUGUGUCCGUGUGUUUGCUUGAAAACCACCCGUCUCCAAAGCCUGAUCUGUCUUCAUCAUUCAGCACAUGGGUCCAGUUUGAAGAUGCACCCUGGCCUAGCACUUCACCAGAGAAUGCACAUACAGCCUUCUCUCCAAAAACAUUCUGCUGGACGUGUCCCUCUUCGGGAUCUUCUGAGAGAAGACCUCUUACGUCAGACAACAGUUGGACAACUACUUCUGAGAACACCAGCAGCCCCAGUUUCACACCUUCCUACACUGAUCUGCAGUCCAUAAACACUGAAGACCUGACCAGUGGCAGAGCAUCUGCAGCAGACUCAACUGACAAUUCCUCAUCCCUUCUCGAAGAUGAAGAGCUAGGCAUGGAGGCCACCAGCUGGCAGCUGAAUAGCACAUCUGUAAACGGCCAUAGUGAAACCCCAACAACAGCUCGUUUCCCCAGCUGGGUGACUUUUGAUGACAAUGAAGUCAGCUGCAAUUCUCCAUCCACUUUAUCCCCCGUAAAAGCAGAUUCCCCACCAUUAGUAGCAACUGCAGCAGCAGCAGCAGUCACAACAACACAGAUCACAGAUGUGAACUCUCUUACCCUCUCCUCAUCCUUUAAGAAAAGGGAACGCCCCAGAAGUGCAUUGGCUGACCUCCCUAAAAUUCAGAAACUAGACCUUUCUUCAAUAACCAGUUUGCCUUCGUUUAGUGGGACACCCCCUUGGAGUGCGACUAACCCUUUCCUUGACGAAUCCCUGAGGGACGUUCAGCCUUCUCCUAUCAACCCGUUCAGCUCUUUCUUUGAAGAACGGGACAGGCAUUCUCAAACCUUUCCCAUUUCUGGCAGAAACCAGAGAGACUCCCUCAUUAUCCUCCAUCAGGAGCCUGACUGCAUCAGCUUUAAUGAGCCAAGUAAACACCUCAGGCACAGAGAUGCUGUCGAGCAGCUCAAGCAACUCCAGAUCGGGGACCCAGAUCAGCUGAGCAGUCCUACUCUGCCCGACGACGACCCCACAGUGCCAACUGAGCUAUAUAGCACCGUGUCCUUUCUGGGGCCACCUCCGCGAAAAGAUGGCUGGCCAAUGAUGCUGAGGAUACCAGAAAAGAAGAACAUCAUGUCAUCUAGACACUGGGGGCCGAUCUACGUCAAGCUGACCGAGAGCCGGUACUUGCAGCUCUUUUACGAGAAGGGAUUGGAAAAGCCUUUCAAGGAAUUCAAGCUUGACAUCAGCCAUGAGAUUUCAGAACCCAAACUCCAGAACUAUGAUGAGAAUGGGAGGAUACACAGUGUGAGGAUAGACCGCAUCACCUACAAGGAAAAGAGGAAGUACCAGCCAAAGCCUGCUGUCUCUCACAUAGCGGAGAGGGAGCAGGUUAUCAAGCUGGGUACCACCAGCUAUGAAGACUUCCUCAGCUUCAUCAGGGCGGUCCAGGAUACACUAAUGGAUUUGCCUGCCUCGUCGACAGACCUGAGCACAGUGGGAUUGAACUACCAAGAGGAGGAAAUCACUGUGGAUGUAAAGGAUGAGUUCUAUGGCACCUUGGCCAAAAGAGACAAUAGGAUUUUGCAGCACAAUGUGUUGACCCGAGUGCACGUUCUCACUUUCCUUUCUGGCCUGGCGGAAUGCAGGCUGGGUCUCAACGAUGUCCUUGUCAAAGGGAACGAAAUCGUCUCACGGCAGGACAUCAUGCCCACGACCACCACCAAGUGGAUUAAGCUGUACGAUUGCCAGUUCCACUCCUGCGUGGAGGAGGAGGCGUUCGCCAGCGCCCGCGUCAUUCAGUUUAACCCCUUGGAUGCCUGCAGGUUUGAACUGAUGCGCUUCAGAAGCGUGUUUUCCGAGAAGACGUUGCCUUUCACCUUGAGGGUUGCAGCUAGCAUCAACGGCGCCGAGGUGGAGCUCCAGAGCUGGCUGAUGAUGUCUCCAGGGUUCUCCUCCAACAGAGACCCUCUCACUCAGGUUCCCUGUGAAAAUGUGAUGGUCCGCUACCCAGUGCCACAGGAGUGGGUGAAAAACUUCCGCAGAGAUAGUGUCCUCGGGGAAAAGUCUUUGAAAGCAAAGGUGAACAAAAGUGCCAGCUUUGGAUCCACCAGUGUGUCCGGUUCUGAGCCAGUAAUGAGAGUAACACUAGGAACUGCCAAAUAUGAGCAUGCCUUUAAUUCCAUCGUGUGGAGGAUAAAUCGGCUGCCCGACAAAAACUCUGCUUCUGGUCACCCACACUGCUUCUUCUGCCACCUGGAGCUUGGCUCAGACCGGGAAGUGCCUUCUAACUUUGUCCGCUAUGUGGAUGUGGAGUUCGACAUGCCAACCACUUCAGCAUCCAAAGCCACCAUCCGCUCCAUCUCUGUGGAAGGCAAGACAGAUGUCAGGAAGUGGGUCAACUAUUCAGCACAUUACAGUUACAAGGUGGAGAUAGAGCAGAAGAAGAACUUGAAUCCAGAUGUGAUGGAAGAACACACUGAUAACCCCAAGGACUGUGCUGUGCAGUGAAAGGAAAGGUCCAUCUGCAGUUGGAAGAGAAGAAUCAACAGGGGUUGAAGAAGAGGGAACAGCAAGUUGCUCCUGCUGUAGGAAAAGCCAGAUAGAAUCUGGAGCGCCGUAGGGUUUCCUUGUUCUCUAUGUCUAUACUUAGAGAGGAACCUAUUUUGGGAUUUGUUUACAGCAGACUGGUGGCUUUGGUAGAAGCACACUAAGCAUAUAGUAUAUAGGCUUACAACUGAUUCAAGCCUGCCUUCGUCUCUGACACUAAUCUUCUUACAGUGAUAUAAUGGUAUUUUUUUUCAACUCAAAAAGUGUAACUCUAGUCUUAUUGACAGUCUUUCUCCCCCUACUGUGUGCUUGACAUUACCUGAACUCUUGCAAUUCAGUCCUCAGAAGAGCUCUUCCAGAUACUCUGCAGAAGCACUGAGGGGAAGGAAGGAAUGAGAGAUACACCACAUCAUCCCUUGGGUUUUCUGUCAUGUCCAUGACACUUAGUGAAACAUUUUAACAGCUUUUCUUCUCCACCAGUGUAGACGGAACCACUGGGAAUUCCACUGGGUGAAGGACAAGUGGAUUGACCUUCCCUUCUUAUCAUCUCCAAGGCAGAACAUUUAAAAAUUGCACAUUUCCUUGGAUUUUGGUGGCCAGAAAGCUUCCUUUAUUCACUUAGACUGACAGCGGGGCCAGGAUUAUUCUUUAGACUUGACAUAGUUAUAGCUGCCAGUAGAGGGGACUAGGAUAAUAUUUGAUCAGGCUUGACUGGGAGGAUCCUGGAAGGAAAUAAUUUCAUUUAAAUUAAUGGUCAAGUGAAUGGUCAGGUGGACUGGUUACUUCUCUGACAGAUGACAAUUUAUAUUCUUGAUAGGGAUAGGGAAAGGAGGUGCUCUGUUUAUUUUUUUGUAGAUGUUGACAAUGCUGCUUUCAUGUUCUGUCCCAAAACCUACAUCUUAUUUUAGAAAGACUGCAGUGCCACAGUUGUGUGUGAUAUUCUUACUUUAUAAUGUACUGGCAUAAUGGCAUAGCAGACAGUGUUGUCAGUACUCUUUGAAUUCUCUGUCUACAAUAGUCUCACACAAGUGCAAAAAUCAACAAAAUCCAAGUUUCCACCCUACAUGACUGUAAAGAUAAUCUUGAAAAUGUCUGGAUAUACCUGAGCAGAAUGUUCAAGGAAAGCAGCAUGGGACUUCAGCACAGAGGCAUUAUCAUGCAGUUGGGUCGUUCAGAUCCAUUUGUUGUGUGUGCGACAACUGGUACACAAAUAUACAACCAUCCCUCUUUUUUCACCCACAAUAUUCAUUGCUAUUCCACCUGUGGGUGGAGCUUAACAGAAUAUAUGCCAUGUGGGAGAGUUUUAUCCCUCUCAAUCACUCCACCACCACCUUUGUACACUGUGAAAAUGUGAACAGGUAUCUCUGUACCUGUGCACAUGCACCUUAAAACAACAACAACCCAAUAAUUCCAGAAGAGCUCAAGGUCAAACCUUGUCAACAUGCUUCACAAUGGGCAAAAUGGAGGAUAGUGUAUUGGCAUGGACAUGUGAUGCUGUAGUACAAACAAGUAAUUUUAUCUAGAUUAGAGGUGGGGAAUCCUGAGUUUCCCCCCACCCCAGCAGGCUACUUUGGCAGGUGGGUACUGUUGUCCAGCUGUCAAUCACCAGACAUCACUCUGGUCCUCUCCAAUCCUUUAAGUUUCACCCCUGUGCAGAAGUGAAUUCUAAGAACAUUCAAAACAACAUGAUGGAAAACCCCAAACCCUGAGAAGAUACAAAUCCAAAGAAACACUACCUUGCUGCCCUUCACUUACACCCUAAGUCUGGUUUAUACAUGCAUUUUCAUUACUGCAUGAGAGUAAUGAAAGGAUGUCUUUUGUGUUCUAAUGGGCAUCACAGAGAGAAUUUUCAUGUCACAUCACCUGUAAGUUAAUAGCCAAGACCCAGCUCUAUACAUGUGGAGCUGUUUUUAAAAUUCAGUGGACAUGCCUAUCAUCCCUUUGGAGGGGAGGUGGAAACAGAGAGGUACUAAAUCCAGCCUUCUUCCUUUUCCUUCCCAACAGGUGAUAGGUAAGAUUACUGUUGAAGAGGAACGUGUUAUGCACAGCUCAAUCAUGGAGAGGAAUCACAUCUACAGCACCUGGUGGUGGAUGAGAAUCCUCAUCUAUAUAGCACCUAACUAGAUUCUGCGCAAAAGCUUUGCAGUGGAGUCCACUUCCAUAUGCAGGUGGCAGUCAUCAGGUAUAAAGUAAUCAAAUGAACAUAUGUGAACUAGAACCACUUAAAAGCUGAUCCUCCAGAGGAUGCUAAAGCUUGGACCUUGCUGUUUCAUAGCAGUCUCUGAAAAUACUUCUCUGCGUGUCCUGCAUGGGUUUUGCUCAGGCAUCUGGGUGGCCCCUGUGAGAAUAGGAUGCUGGGCUAAGAUCAGCAGGCUCUUAUGUUCCUAAAUAUGCUACAAAUGCAUCAGGUACAUAUAAGAACAUGUACAGCUGAUCUUAGAGCUGUAAGAACAAAGUCAGCUGAUCUUAGAGAAAGCAAUUGGGCAGAGCAGGAUGGAUAAGGGUGAAGAUAUCACUUAGAUGUUUGGAGUCUCAAUGUAGUAGGUUUCUAAAGAUAACAAUCAGUAUCUUGUGAAUUGUGCCCAGAUUUCCAUUCACACGCUAAACCUUCGAAUUCAACAUGUCCCGUGCAUCCAGUUCCAUUCAGAUGUCAUUAUGUAGAAUGCACUACAGCCCUUAGGCUUACAAGGCCAUUUGUGAUGGUUAGCAGGUGUAAAUUCAAAGCUGGGUAGUAUAAGACCCAGAAGCACCUUCUUGAAUGGAGAAUGAACAGGAGACAAGCCUAUAGUCCUGAGCAGAAGAGGCUGGGAUACAUCACUGAUGUUUAUGUCCUCACAAGUGAGCAUCACAGCUGGCUGAUUAUAUCUGCGUUUAGUAGAUUUGCCUUCAAUUGACUUGCCAAUAUCCUGCCCACUGUUCCGAAAAGUUACAUAGCAUAUAAUACCAUUUGGCUUUAGUCCUUCUUCUGCGGUAUUGUCAGCUGUGCAGGGACUGAUAGAAUACCCUGCUAAUUUAUUGUGGAAAGAAACUGUGUCUCUUUGCUAUAAAAAGGGCGUUGUGUUGCUUUCAGUCUGCUCUUUGCUGCCUCCAUCCAGACGGAUUGUUCAUGACCUCUUGCACUAUUGUGAUUGAGUGGGUUGGUUGUUUUUUUACAUAUUUUGUAACAGGUUUCUACCUUUUGAUGUUGUACUAUGAGAGAGUCUACACACUGGUUGAUACUUUAGGCAUUUUGUUGUCCCCCCCC